CGAUAUCAGCUAUGAUGCAGUUCCUUGGGAUUCCGCGGCAGUUUCAUUUCGCCAUGUUCGCUAGCGGAGCGGAGCUAAGCGGAAAAAGGUAGUCUGUUUUUGAAUGUUGCAAUGUUGUAAAUACUAAAAUAUCCACUCUGCGACGCGUCGUGUGGUCCCGAGCUAUGAUUAUCGCUAUUCGUUGCUUCACAUGUGGAAAGAAGUGAAGUGGUAACCGUAACAUGUGGUAACAAGUGAAGUGGGAGCAUUGGUUUGUUUCAGGCAGAAGCCUUCUGUCAAGUUCUGAGAAGGCAUCAUGGCAAGUACUGAGAGCAGUUAUGGCUCAAGCUGUCGCUGCAAUGAUGAAAUUCGAACCCUACAUAUCUGAGGUAGUAGGCGAGAGGAAACACAGAGCAAGCAAGUACACCACUGCAUGACAUUGAAGCAAAUACAACACAUGACAAUUACUGAUACAUCAGUGGAGCAGAAUGGGUAUAGGCUUAGAGCCAGAGGGAAGAUCACAGGUGCAGCUUUUCUCUCAGAAUCAAGAUGAUGAUUGGUCUGAGGACUGCAGUGAUGAUGACAUGUACAAACCAGAUGGAUCCUUAACGGGUGACUGGCACCCUGACCCCAAGGAAAUGUACGGCUUGUAUGUGAGAAUUGAAUCGAACCCCGUCUUGCAACUGCAGUGGGAAAACCCUGGCAGGAGACCACCUACACCAGAGAUUGACCCUAAUUAUUGUGACACUAUACGUACUGAAUAUGAAAAUUCCAAUGAGGAGGAAAUUGAGGAGCCAACUGAAUUUGACUUUGAUGACGAGAGUGGGUCUGACACGUCUGUUGUAGUUGCACCAAAGUGGAUACCCGACGGUGCGAGGCUGUCGCGCCGCACCCCGAAGAGAGUUGCGAAUCUCCAGCAUGUGAUGAAGGACAUGGCCCGUCACAGACGCCUGCAGCAGCAGCUCCUGCAGAACCCAGAGCAGACGAACGAGUGUAGUGCAGAAUUAAGUUAGUGAUCAAUGCAAAGAGCAACAUGCCUGUACUGAUGGCAUUCAUGAAGGCCACAGGAAUAAAAACAGAAGGGUCAGCACGUAGAUAAUCAUCAGGGGUAAAUAAUGACACACUAUUGUCAUUAUUAUAACUCCUGAUCAUGAUAUCGUAUAUAUGCAUGUAUGUAUUAUAGGAAUCGCAUGUAUUAUCGGUUAUUCUGUGGAUCAGCAUUUGGAUCAGACCCAGCUAGGACAGCAAGCCCAAUAUUAAAGUUAAAGGAACAAAUCUGACAUUUAGGUGCUUUAACACUCAGUCUGGCAUAUACGGGCGCUGUGUGUAUAUGUAAAUUCUAUCGUACUAUUACUGCAAAACCAUUUAUCUGUGUGUGCUUGGGCAAAGUGCUGCCAUGUAUAUUACCAUAUUCCGUUGGCUGACCGUUAACGAAAGGGUGUGCAAGCAAUAUUAAUCACUGUUGCAGAGGAUUCUGAGCCAAACUAGGAGUGCCCGAGAGCACCUAAAUGCCAUACAUUGUACCUUUAAAUGUUUCAUUUUCAAAGCCAACAGGUAUGGCAGAAUAGUUGCUAUAUUUCCCAUGGCCCAUAUUUGAAUGCUAUAAGAAAAGCUUGAUACGUCUUAGUUUCUUUGUAUUGUUUCGUUUGUUGAACAGAUGUUUAGUUAUUUACUUUAACAAUUAAUUAUGGCAUUGUUGGAUUAAAGAGUCUGAUAAUAAUAUCAGAGAGCCUCAUGUGUUAAUGUUACCUCAUUUACAAUUAUCUCCUUGGAUUCAAUCUACUUGAUAGCAGUAUAUACUUGCUGAAAGUAUAUAAGAUGUAUAAUUUAGCGCGAACGUUAUCGUGACCUAUGAACAUGUUUUACCUGUAUAGUGACAAAUAUUAGCAAUAUUUUACAAUAAUUGGAUAUUUAAUAAAUGUAUUAUUUCAGAAUAAAUCUAGCAACAUCA